AUGCCGAUAUCUUGGUGCUCGCCAAAACCCCGCAAGAAAAUGAACUUUGCUCACAUGAAGGUGUCGUCGACCCAGAUUAAUAACCUCUUCAACAAUAAUACUCCCAUCAAGUUGGAUGACGACUCGUUCAUCAUUGUCGCGAACGAAAAGGUCAUCAAGUUCACCCCAUGCAAAUCAUGCAGCGCCAAGGGUCUCCCCUGCUCGUUUUCCAAAGGUUUCACCAAGGAAGACAUCAUUCUCAACUCCAAAAAAUCAGAGUCAACCACCCCGCUCAAAUGCAGAACUCUGGUAUCCAAAGUCACCAAGCCGCGCAUACCAGAAGCGGUCUCUCCCGUGGCUGCAAAUUUGGCAGUUUCUGUCGCAGGAGGCGCUGGCGUCCUUGCUUCCGCAGGCACCAGCUCGAGAAAAUCGUCGUGCAGCUUGUGCCGCCGCCGCAAGGUGAAAUGUGUGUAUAAUGCCUCGGCCAACAAAUGCGAUGGCUGCUUGAAAAAAAGCACCAAUUGCUCGUACGACAUAUAA